CGAAAUGCGUGGCUAUGGAGGCUUGAUCUCUGCAGCCCACACGAUGCUGCAAUGCAAUGCAAUGCAACACAAAAGCAAAGCAAAGGAAAGUAAAGAGAGAGCACGAAUUCAUCACCAGCAGCAGCAGCAGCACCGCCACCACCUCAGUUCAAGGUGCUUUGAGGUCGAUCUUUGGGUUGUUUUCCUUUGUGGGUCGUUAUAUUGUUUAUGGAUUAACAAGAGUUAGUCAUUUGUUUUCGAUUUCGACGAGUGAGGGGGUAAGCCCAGCAUUCAAUUCUAUAUGUCGUGAGUUGUUGGUAUCAUUGCCUCUGUUCGUUUGAAAGGUUUGGAUUGCUUUGGAAUGGGAUUUUGUGUACUCUUUGAAGUCGUUACGAGAAGCUGUAAUUUGUGCCAGUUGAUUCGGUGUUUUGGACAAAUGGAAGGAUGUCAGAAAACCAAGUCUGGUUAUUAGUUGCUGGUACUUUCAUGGAAGUUUGAAUACUCAUGGAGUUCUCAUGGAAUUGCGCUGCUGGAGUCCUGCAAGUGCGAAGCGUUGGGCUUCAUGCAACAGUUUGUCAUGGGAUAUGGCACCGUCUUGAGUGUCGAAUUAAGCAUCUAAAUAUUGGCCUUGGGGAGACUCACAGUUUGGCCUCCUAUUUACACAGGAAAACUAUGAUGCUAACUGCAGAUUAUAGGAAUUGUAGUUUUAGAUUCGUUUGGAACUCUGGAAUUUUGACGUCCAUAAGGAGAAUUGGGAAGGAAUCAUCAAAAUCACAACAGCAAUUUGGAAACAACCGUGGAUCCAGUGUUGUACACAAUAGGUUCAUCUAUCCAGGAUAUUUGAACCCAGGCUGGUCGCAAAGAAUCCCAUUUACCUUGACUCACGCACAGAAGAAUGAUAGUAGUAAUAGUUACGACUCUCAAAAUUCAUCUUCUUCACCUGAACGCCCCCAUUUCGACAGCGAGGAUGAUACAGAAUGUGUUGAACCGAGAGGAGGAAAACAUAUCUUCCAAGACAUAGGGAGGUAUACCGACGGAGAGGAGACUUGUAGAGAUCAGUGGCAGGAGAUGAGGAAUUAUGUUGAACCUCCUGGGUUCAGGAAUGCAGAUGCACUAAGAGGAUACAAGGUGUCAAGGAUUGGUUCGAAUGGGUCUGACCUCUUUCGUGAAGAUAGGAAUAGUGUGUGGCCUGAUGAGGAAAGGUACGAGGACGAUGACAACGACGACGAACAGGGUUCAUCGGAGGACAGUGAAAAUAGUGCAAGCUAUGAAUCAUGGGGUGAGGAGCUUGUGAGUAGCAUUGUGAGUGAGAGUGUGGGAUCUAUGUCUGGUUCUACAGCUGACUCUCUCGUUACUGGGGUAAAGAAACUUGUUUAUCAGGUGCUCGAAGUACAUCCUGAUGGAGAUGUGGUGCAAAGAGAAGUUAGUAGAAGGAAGCUGUUGAGGAGUAUAGCUGGACUACGUCUACGAGAUAUUCGUAGUGUUGAUCCUUCGUUAUGGGUCACCAAUUCAGCGCCUGCCAUACUGGUAAGGGACCAGGCCAUUCUCCUGAAUUUGAGUUCACUGAGGGCAAUAGCAACUUCUCGCAGUGUCCUCAUAUUUGAGCAUAAAAGUAUCGAAGCUGAAGCUUUUAUGGCAGCACUACUUCCGCGUCUUAGGAAUGCUAACAACGGCCAAGGUCCGAAUAUGCCUUUCGAGUUAGAGGUUGUAGAGGCCGCUCUUCUUUCAAGGACUCAAAGGCUCGAACAAAUGCUCAUGGAGGUCGACCCAAAGAUAAUGGCUCUAUUGAAAAAACUCCCAAUUCGGUAUACCGCUGAUGUAUUGGAAGAACUUCGACUUGGAAAGCAAGCCCUGGUGGAAUUAGCUGCAAAGGCUGGUGCAUUGCGUCAAAUGAUUUUGGAGAUGCUUGAGCAUCCAGAGGACAUCCGGAAAAUGGCCAUCAUAGGACGCACAUGCAAUAUAAGAAGGAUUGAUGGCUCCAUUCAAUGCACAAUACCUUCAGAGAAGCAGAAUGCAGAAGACGAGGAAGAGGAAAUUGAAAUGCUUCUCGAGUACUACCUCAUAAGGUGCGACUCAUGUCACGGUGAAGCCGAAAAACUGCUGGAUGCAGCCAAGGAAAUGGAAGAUUCCAUUAGUGUCAACUUAAGUUCAAGGCGUCUCGAGGUGAGCCGGUUGGAGUUGUUGCUUCAGGUUGCCACGCUCUGCUCUACCCUAGGGGCGCUCAUUGCAGGAAUAUUCGGAAUGAAUCUGAACUCGGAUUUAGAAGAUUAUGAGAUGGCAUUCUAUAUUACAGCAGCUGGAAUUGUUUUUGGAUGCAUCGCUUUAUUCUUUGUUAUGUUCACAUAUUUGAAGGAUCGAAAGAUAUUGUGACCAGAUUCAACGAAUGGUCUGAGUUUGAUUCUGCACGUUGUAUGAGCUCAUCACUUGUUUACUUGAAGCACCUUCUUCUGAGGUACAGACCUCCUAUGCCAGUGCAGUUGAGAGGGUGAGGAGAACUUGGGCUACUUCAUUGUAUGAUAACUUUACCAGAGCCCAUGUUGAAGGAUAAAAGUAUUGAGAGGAUUAUAGGAUCGGCUGUGAAACCACUAAAGUUAAGGCCAGGCUUGUAAGUGUAGUCCAACGAUAAGGAGAUCAAAAUGUCUUUUUCUCAAGUGCAAAAUACGUGAGCUACAGAUGUCUCAUGUAUAAUCAAAAUCCACCUCCAACUAGCGUUUAUGAGUUACCUCGUAAGUGUAUGGAUUGCGUUUAUGUUAUAUUUAAACGCAGGGAACUGCUAACUUGACGGUUGAAUAA